GGCCGUGCCGCGGGGACUCAGCGCUGGCGCAAUGAGAACUUCGAGAGGCCUGUGGACCUUGAGGGCUCUGGGGAUGACGACUCCUUCCCAGACGAUGAACUAGAUGACCUCUACUCGGGGUCAGGCUCGGGCUACUUUGAGCAGGAGUCGGGUCUUGAGACAGCCAUGCGAUUCGUCCCUGACAUGGCCCUAGCUGCUCCCACCGUGCCUGCCGUGUUGCCCACGUCGGAUAUCCAGCCUGUGGGCACCCCAUUUGAGGAGCCUCCUUCUGAGCACCCCAGCCCCGAACCAGUCACCAGUCCCCCACUGGUAACAGAGGUAACAGAGGUCCUGGAAGAGCCCAGUCAGAGAGCCACCACCAUCUCCACCACCACAACCACCACUACAGGGACCCCUACUGUGGCAACAGCACCUGCCACAGCAGCCACCACAGUCCCCAGCACCCCUGUGGCACCCCCUGCCACAGCCACUACUGCUGUUGUAAGGACCACCGGCCUACAGGGGCUGCUGCCUCUUCCACUGACCACGGCUGCCACAGCCCGGGCCACCACCCCAGCAGUACCCUCGCCACCCACUACCGUGGCUUCCUUGGACACAGAGGCCCCAACACCUAGGCUGGUCAACACAGCUACCUCUCGGCCACGAGCCCUUCCUUGGCCAGUCACCACUCAGGAGCCCGAUGUCCCUGAGAGGAGCACUCUGCCACUGGGGACCACGGCUCCUGGACCCACAGAGGUGGCUCAGACCCCAACUCCAGAGUCCCUCCUGACCACCAUCCAGGAUGAGCCAGAGGUGCCAGUGAGUGGAGGGCCCAGUGGCGACUUUGAGCUGCAAGAAGAGACCACACAGCCAGACACAGCCAAUGAAGUGGUGGCUGUUGGAGGAGCUGCAGCCAAGCCGUCACCUCCACUGGGGACACUGCCCAAGGGUGCCCACCCAGGCCAUGGCAUCCAUGACAAUGCCAUUGACUCAGGCAGCUCUGCAGCCCAGCUCCCUCAGAAGAGCAUCCUUGAGCGGAAGGAGGUGCUUGUAGCUGUAAUUGUGGGCGGGGUGGUGGGCGCCCUCUUCGCUGCCUUCCUGGUCACAUUGCUCAUCUACCGCAUGAAGAAGAAGGACGAGGGCAGCUACACACUGGAGGAGCCCAAGCAGGCCAGCGUCACAUACCAGAAGCCCGACAAGCAGGAGGAGUUCUACGCCUAGCGGCGCAGCAGAACCUCCUGCAGCCUCAACACCACCCAGCCCAGUCCCUGGCAGGCCCACCAGCCAGGCCUGGGACUGGGCCUGGAAGGGAACCUGGCCCCACAUCCUCCUGUCCUCCCUUCCAAGGCCUUGCCCAGGCUGCCAGCAUAACGGAUUGUCCCAAGGAAUGGGGGCACUGCCAUCUGCCCUAGACUGUGCCCUUACGAGCUCAUCUCUUGUCCUCUCUCCCAGCCUGGGGCUUCAGGACCUUAUGCCCCAUGGAUAGGAGGAAGGAAGCUGGUAGAAAUGGGCAGGGCCAGGGCUGAGAUGGCCCACAGUACUGACUGAGGUCCCCUUCAUGCCACAGAGGGUCAUACUGACUUCUAGGACUGACACAUGGCAUGUCCAGCCUCCAAAUUGAAAUCAUUCAGACUCUGUAGCCUUGUGCUACUGUCCCAGGGCCUCUCUCCCUGGGUGGGAGGGUGUCCUUUGUCACCAGCUUCAGCUCAUUAUGGGGCCACUGUCCCUUCUCCCCUACUCAGUGCACAGGUCCCCAGGCUGCACCUCUUUCUGCAUUGCCCCCCGACCAGGGAAAGGGCUUCCGGAGUGCACUGGGCAGUAAGGGAGGCCACUCUGAUGUCCUUCCUGAGAGAAGACAUCACAUAGCCUCUGUCACUCACUGUUACAUGUCCUGCCAUGUGCUCACACACAAUACAAAUCCAUACCCAGUCCUGAGUGCCCAGUCAGUGAGACACCACACAUGCACCUCCUUCACACCAUUGCUGAGACACCUGGAUGCUUCUGCUAUGCAGGCCACCCUCAUCACCAGUGGUGACCUUGCCUCUUCUCUUCCACUCUGUCCUCUUACACAUUUCGGUCCUGCACAUGGCACCUCCAACUAUCAGGGUCACUGGGGAAGGCAAGACAAAGCUGUAGCCAUCAGCCCAUAUUGGGUCCCCCAGAGUCACCCUGUUCCUCUCGGUCCCUACCAUGACACACACACCAGCCACAUUACCACCGAUGCCAGCUGGUGUCAGACACAAUCCCACACAGACACGCAGUCUCCCUCCUCACUAUGGCUCACAGAGAGAGAGGUUCGGGGCCAGCUCCCACCAGCCAAGUCUGAAAAAGAAGGGUUGGAGCCCCAAGCCAAGCCCCAGACUCUCAAGGGAGCUUGGGUCUCCCAGGACCAAGGGCCCAUGUGGGCUUCUCUGAUCUCCCUCUGUCUCUUUUCUGCUGAGCCAGGAGCUGACUCUGCCUCCCAGGACACAAGUCUCCAAAGUGCCUGUGAGGGCGGGCCUCCGCCCAGGCCCUCUAUAUCCCCUGCCCUGGCCUGGUGAGGCCAACCUCAGGCCCACCCACCCUGGGACCUCUCUGUGGGCAUCUGUGACCCAUCUGACCAGACAACUCAGCAGUUCUGGGUACAACUGGAUGGACCCACAGCCCAGAAGGCCCAUCUGGAUACCCUGUGCCCCAAGAGCAGUUGAUGGGGGCAGGUGUGUCACAGGCCCCAAGUCCACCCUUCCCCAUCUUUGUUACCCUUAGAAGUGGGACCAUUUCAGAGGUAUUUUAAAUGUGGGGUCAUCAUUCUCUUGGGGGAGGGGUUGCCUCGAGGACUCUCAGAACCAAAGGGAUAUGGUAUGGGAUUGUGAUUGGCCGGCACCCCCUCCCCCAUCUCUCAUGACCAAGUUCAGGCAGGCACCCACCUGAUUUAUUUGUUUCCUUUUUAAGAUUCCCUGACAGACUUGGGCAGGAUGAGGUAUAACAUCUAGGUGACAUGCCAGAUCCAGGCAACCAGUGCAGCCUGACUUUCCAGGGGAGGUCCUGCUUUCAGGCCAAACUCUGUCUUCUAGACCCCACGACUCCCUUGGCAAGGCCCAGAGUUUUGUUAGGAAGUCAGUUGGCCCAGCCUUUGAGGAGAGGAAUCCUGGGCCCAUGAGAUCUGGAAGAGGCAACUUGGUUGUGAUUUUUUUCUGCAGCAGCAGAACUGGGCAUAGAGCAGAGGAGAACCUGUGUCCCAGCUCCUCCACCCUGCUCCCUGGUGGUUGCUGUCUUGGGAACUGGGGCUCAGUGAGGAAGUCUGGAUAGGCUGAGCCUAAGAAACCAGGGAGCUGGGAAGAGGCAGCCUCUGGGUGCCUGGCCCACAGGGACACUGGGUCUAAAGCAGGAGCCCCCAGCUUCUGUGCUAGGCUAGAGCCCACUUCUCACAUCUCAGGGUGGCUGUGGACUUGGGGUUUUGGGCUCAGCCUCCUGGCACUGGCACCUGUUCUCUGUGUCUUCAGCAUUUGAAAGAAAAGGCCAGGGGUCUUAUACAUGGGGCCUUGGCUCCAAGGCCAGCGUCCAGACUUCAUGCCCGUGAAGUUUAACGGUGUGAGCAGCCCAGAUCCACUGGGCCAACCAGAUUUAAAAGAACUCAGUUCAAAGGGUGAACUGGGGUUCUUCAUAGUGCAAUGUGGGUGCAGGGCUCCCACCCCUCCUGGGGAACAGUGCGGUACGUGCAAGGCCUGCCUGAUGUAUCCAUAGACAGAUACCUCACUGCUCUUGGGAGGGUGUCCUGUGGUGCUUGCAUUUUCUGGCAGCACAGUGCAUUCCUGUGAGAGAAGCUGAGGUGUCUUGGAGCUCUCCAGUCCCUGGCUUCCUAAGAGAGUGGGGCAGGCUAGAGCCAGAGAGCUGCACAGCUGGGCUUUGUCUCUCUAGGGCGCCAGAUUGGGGAGGCUACCUGAAAAGUAGGUCCCCCUUGAUCGCCAGAGGCAGCCAAGUCUGGCUGGGCAGACCUGUGGCAAAAGCUUAGAGUACUGGGCUUGGCAUUGCUGCCCAUCAGGUCUCCAAGGCUGGGGCUCCUGCCACAGGGAGUAGAGCUGACUUUGUUUCCAGGGCAGGGGAGGCUGUCUUGGCUGACCUGACUUUCCUCUGGUACAUGCCUCUUCCAGGCCUGCUGUCUGUAAAUAGAAGCCCAUACUAUAUAGAUUUACAGAGAUGCCCAAACUGUGCCCCUGAGUCACCAUCUGAGGGGCUGAUGGCCUGACCUCCCCCAGGUGCCCACCCGGUGCCUAGGCAUGCUUGGCAAGCUCUGUGUGCCUGGCCCUGGCAUGCCUGGCCCUGGUGUGGUGAAUGCAUGUAAAUACUUUUCGUAGGCAGUGUGGCUCCAGAGAGCCCCCUGAGACAGUGUCCCCUCGCCCCCCCGUGCGUCCUCUCUUCUGUACAGAACCCUCCAGCCCCUGGGCCGCUGCAAAUGGGGGGGGUCUGUUCACCUCCCCAGGCCCUCCCUGCCCUUUCUUUCCCUGUAACCUGUUUAUUAACCAUCCCUGUCCUGAGUUCAUGGCCAAAACUUAAAAUAAUGGACAGAUAGUUGGACGAAGACCAAGGCACAGCCCACCCUGCUGUGGGUGCUCACACAUCCCUGCCUUGGGAAGGACCCGCUUGCUUUUGUUUUUGUUUUCUGUUUGUUUUGUUUUGUUUUGUUAACAUUUCUCCCCCUGCUGUGCCCAUUUAUAAGAGGAAAUAAAAUUAAGCUGAAAAGAU